AUGGAGAAGCAAAAUUUCGGCCUCAUCACCAAGGUCAAAUUGCUCUGCAGCUACGGCGGCAGAAUCCAAUUCCGCCCGACCGACCGCCAGCUCUCGUACGCCGGUGGGGACACCAAGAUCCUGGCCUUCGAUCGCGGCAUAAAAUUCUCCGAGAUGGCCGCCAAAUUGAGUUCCCUCUGCGAGAAAUUAGAGGUCUCGAUCAAGUACCAGCUGCCCGGAGAGGAUCUGGACGCCCUGGUCUCGCUCAUCGACGACGAGGACGUAGAGCACAUGAUGGUUGAGUACGAACGCCUGCAGAGGAUCUCGCCCAAGCCCGUCAGGCUUCGGUUGUUCCUUUUCGAUCCGUCGAAAUCAGGGGCGGGCAAGGACUCGGUACCGGUCACGCCUUCGAACCCAGACUAUCUGUUUGGGUUCGAUAAGGAGUAUGAACCCAGCGUCGAGCCGCCUCUGGAUCUCCUUCAGAUUCCGGGGAUGGUUCUGCCCGAUAGUAACGGGUUGGUUCGGGCCGAGGGCAAAAUUGGAAAUAUGGUGAGCCAGGUAUCCGGCGGGGCUAACAAUGAGAGCGUGGGCGGGGCGACGGCGGCUCCUUGGGCGGUUUACCGGGUGCCGGCAGUGGUUAACGGAGGAAUUUGCCAUGCCGCGCCUUAUGCGUACGGGAUUGUGCCGGAGAUGCGUAAUAGCAACCGGGAACAGCCGGUGUACAAUUUCAUUCCGAUUAUGGCCACGGCGGUGCCGGAGCAGAUGAUGAUGAUCUCGAGGGGGAAUACUAAUCUGAUUAAUCAGCGUGAUUUUUGA